UCUAGUGAUGUUGUAGUCGUCGGGGGUGGAGUGAUAGGCCUGUCGACGGCAUACCAUUUAAAUGAAUUGGGAUUUCAUAAUGUAAUUGUCAUCGAAAGGGAUGAGAUAACCAGCGGAACGACAUGGCAUACAAACGGUCUGGUUUGGAGACUGAGACCAUCAGAAACAGACAUAACUCUAUUGAGUCGUACGCAUGAAUUGACAUUGCUGUCCCGCCGGGGAGUGGAGGCCACGGGUUGGAUCAAUAACGGGGGUCUGUUUUUGGCACACAAUUCCCAGCGUAUGCAAGAGUAUCAACGACUUCACGGUCUGUCCAAAUACUAUGGCAUUGAGUCUCAUAUAUUGGACAGAAAGCAAACGAUUGCGUUAUUGGAUCCGUUGAUCGACGAGAAGACCAGCGAUUUGACGGGCGGUCUCUACAGCCCUAACGACGGCUUUGUUGACCCGCAUAUGUAUUGCUCGGCACUCAUUAAAGGAGGUAAUGUUCAAGUGUUUAGCAAAUGUCGUCUCAUUGGCAUCAAUACGAUUGACGGCUUUAGGCGACGAAAAGUCAAUAGAGUUAGCGUUGAAUACGAGGGAGAAGUACGUGAUAUCAACACACACUGUGUUGUCAACUGUUCCGGUGUUUGGGCGCCAAUCGUCGCCAAAUUAGCAGGAAUAGCAAAUAUACCACAAGAAGCUAUGGAGCACUCGUAUGUGAUAACUGAGGCCAUCGAUGGCGUCAAACACAAUAAGACUCCUAAUAUCAGAGACCACGACCUGUCCAUCGCGUUUCGUGUCUCCGGACAAAGUCUAUGCAUCGGUGGCUACGAGUCGGACCCCGUCCUCAUCAGUCAUAAGGUCCACACUUUACAGCCGUUUGGUUUGUUUGAACUCAAUUGGGAUAAGUUUGGCGUCAAUUUGGAAAACUCAGUCAAAUUGAUGCCAAUAAUAGGCAAGACUGGCAUUAAGGCGACCACAUGUGGUCCCGAGUCGUUCACUCCCGACCACAAGCCUCUGGUAGGAGAAGAUCCAGAGGUUCGCGGCUUCUUUCACGCGAGCGCUUUCAACUCGUUUGGCAUCAGUCUCUCGGGUGGUAUCGGCUAUCAAAUGGCCAAAUGGCUCACAACAGGCGCACCAGAGAUC